ACUAUAAAAAGGAUAUUUCAUCAGUAAUUGUCAUUAGAAUAAGAAAACAUUUAUCAACAUGGACGACAUAAAAUUGUCUACCGUAAAAAUCUUUUCGGAUGGUAGCGAUCUGGAGGGGAUCGAGAAAGUGGAAAACAUUUUAUACCUCAGAAUUCUUAAAAAGAUUAUGUGGGUCAUAGAUGGGUGGCCAAAGGAACCAAAUAAGAGGCAAAUCUUCAGAUAUUACAUUUGUAUUUUGGAUAUGUUAAGCCUGGUACCAGGUUCACUUUACCUCGUAAUCUACACUGGGAAGAUACCAUCUGUAGAGUUGGGUCAUUCUUACAUCACCGUGUUUAUGAACGCUAUCGCUGCCUUAAGAACGGUGCUGGUGUUGACCAAAGAAUACAACGCAAUCGUAUUAUAUUUUCUAAAAGAAGUACAUCUUUUCAAUUUCAGGCGUAAAUCUGAUUAUGCUUAUGAGACUCACAUACUGGUCCACAAAAUAUCACAUUUCUUCACGAUGUACGUGUUUAUGUUGAUGUGUUGCGGUAUAUUGCUAUUCAAUUUGACUCCAAUCUACAACAGCUAUGCGGCAGGCAUGUUCAGAGAUGAGCGGCCUGCAAACGCCUCGUUCGACUACGCUGUAUUUUUCGCCCUUCCUUUCGAUACGGCAACUAAUUUCAAAGGCUACGUUGUUGUUUCUUUGUACAACUGGUACAUUUCUAUAACGUGCUCCACUUACUUCUGUAUCAUUGAUCUGACGAUAUUUAUAAUGGUGUUCCAUCUAUGGGGUCAUAUGCGCGUUUUGUCGUACAAUCUCGAGAAUUUCCCAAAGCCUGCGUCCGUGCUCGCGGCGGCAGAUGAUGGUAGUGCGUAUACAUUAUGUGAGAACAAGUACAAUGAAGAAGAACAAGUGGAAGUAUUUAUUCGGCUGCGGGACUGUAUUCAGAUACACAGUCUUGUUAUUAACUUCUCAUCAAUGAUGGCCGACAGUUUCGGAUGGACUCUCUUGGUGUAUUUAUUCUUCCAUCAAGUGAGCGGAUGUCUCUUGCUUCUGGAAUGCUCACAGCUGGAUACAGCAGCGUUGAUGCGGUAUGGGCCACUUACGAUAAUUAUCUUUCAGCAGUUGAUUCAGUUGUCCAUUAUAUUUGAGUUGCUCGGGUCAUCAAAUGACAGAUUAGUAGAUUCAGUGUACAGCGUGCCCUGGGAGUAUAUGAAUACUGCAAAUCGGAAGAACGUGUUUGUCAUGUUAAGACAAACACAUCGAUCCAUGAAUCUGAAGGCAUGCAGCAUGGUCACUGUCGGUGUCCAGACCAUGAUCACGAUUUUGAAAACUUCGUUUUCGUACUUCGUGAUGCUGAGGACAGUUGCCGACGAGGAAGAAUAAAUUUUAAUAAUCUUGCACAAUGACACGUUGAAGUUUAACCUUAAUUUGCAAUGCACAAAGAUUACGACACGCUUUCAUUUGAAAAUAAUAAAAUUUGUUUUCAAUUUCA